GUUGUCUGUUGCGUCGUCACAGCAUUUCUAGUAGUUCUAGUGCAACCAGUGAAAAGCGAUAUUAUAUAACCGGUGGUCGUGCAUAUGUCAAAUUCAAGUUUAAUAGAGGAAAUCUUUACUUUCUACGGUUUCGUGUGAUGUGUGACGAGAAAAUAAUGUACAGAAAUCCUAGAUUUAUUAGAGCUUCCCGUAUGGGUUGUACUCUGUUCAUAAUAUUACUCUUAUUUCACAAGUCACACUUUGUAUCACCUGAAGAUGACAACCUUAACCUCAAAGAUGUGAAUGUGCAGAAUACUACUGAUGAUAUAUUUUCUCCAAUGGUCAUUCCCAAGCUCGAAGAUAAAAGUAUUUUGCCAAAUCUGAAUGUUCCCAAACUCCAUGCUUCAAACACUCAGACCAAUGAUUCACGUAAUCAGGAUAUCGAACUUGGCUCAGCCAGCAAUCGUGUCAGCAUAUCAACCGAGCUGUCAACAACUGGUACAAAGACAGUACAGAUGAGCGUUGCCUCUGACAUUGCUAAGACCUUGGAUAAUCGUUCAGGAAUUCUCACCACAGAUAAUUCAAUUAUAUCGACUGUGCUACAUAAUUCGAGAACAGAUAAAAAUUCGAUAAAUAUAACCUCGGACCUCACGACGGUUGCUCAAAGUUCAGAAACAGCAAAUAUGACUAAUACCAGUACAACAACUGCCGCAUCAGUUGAACCAGUUUUACCAGAUAAAGGCUCUGCGGAAGAAGAACACAAUAGUUCAAUGUCCAUAUUUUUUGUACUCUGCGUCUUAGCUCUUGGAAUUUUACUUAUUCAUUUAAUGCUCCAGACUAAUUUCCAGUACUUGCCAGAAUCUGUGGUUAUAGUUUUUCUUGGUGGUGCAAUUGGAAUGAUAAUCAAUCUAAUGUCAAAUCAAAAUAUAGCUAAUUGGCGUAAAGAGGAAGCAUUCUCUCCUACUGCAUUUUUCCUUGUGCUUUUACCUCCUAUUAUAUUUGAGUCUGGCUACAAUUUGCACAAGGGAAACUUCUUCCAAAAUAUUGGUAGCAUUUUGGUAUUUGCCAUUGUUGGUACUGCCAUAUCGGCAUUCGUUAUUGGUGCCGGUAUUUAUCUUCUUGGCCUUGCUGAAGUUGCUUACAAGCUAAGCUUUGUUGAGAGCUUUGCAUUUGGUUCUCUGAUAUCUGCUGUCGAUCCAGUUGCAACAGUUGCCAUUUUUCAUGCCCUUGAUGUGGAUCCAGUUCUCAACAUGUUGGUUUUUGGCGAGUCGAUUCUUAAUGACGCUAUUUCAAUUGUUUUAACAACUUCUGUACUUGAGUCUAAUAACGCAGCUACCACUAGCGAAGCAAUUAUAUUGGGAAUAAACAGGUUCUGCUUAAUGUUUUUCGCCUCCGCUGGUAUUGGCGUCGUUUUUGCCCUCAUUAGUGCCCUCCUCCUAAAGCAUGUUGAUUUGAGAAGAAAUCCAUCCCUUGAAUUCGGGUUAAUGCUGGUCUUCACCUACGCACCAUACGUACUUGCAGAAGGAAUACAUUUAUCAGGAAUCAUGGCCAUCUUAUUCAAUGGGAUCGUGAUGUCGCACUACACUCACUUCAAUUUGUCAACUGUAACGCAGAUAACGAUGCAACAAACGAUGCGAACAUUGGCCUUCAUUGCUGAGACAUGUGUCUUUGCAUACUUAGGCUUGGCCUUGUUCAGCUUUAGACAUCGGGUAGAGCCGGCAUUAGUCGUCUGGUCUGUAAUUCUGUGUCUGAUUGGGAGAGCUGCGAAUAUCUUCCCACUUGCACUUCUGGUCAACCGCUUCAGAGAACAUCAAAUAACAAAGAAAAUGAUGUUCAUAAUGUGGUUCAGCGGUCUACGAGGGGCAAUUUCGUAUGCUUUGUCCCUUCAUUUAGAUUUCAGUGACGAAACUCGUCACGUAAUCAUAACAACGACGCUGAUCAUAGUUUUAUUCACCACCUUGAUAUUUGGUGGAUCUACAAUGCCUCUACUAAAAUUCCUCAGAGCAGAGAAGAAAACGCGGACUAACAGUAGCAGAAGAAAGAGAAGAGAUAAGGAAAUUUCACUCAGUAAAACUAGGGAAUGGGGUCAGACAAUCGAUUCAGAACAUUUGUCAGAGCUUACAGAGGAAGAAAUGGAGGUUUCAUUUCUACAAUCUCGAAUCCGUGGCUUUGCACGGUGGGAUUUGAAGUUUUUCAUUCCGUUCUUCACUCGACGAUUUACACAGCAGGAAUUGAAGGAUUGUAAAUCCCAGAUGACAGAUCUUACUAAUCAAUGGUAUCAGGCAAUUAGAAUCAGCCCCAUAGAUUCGGAAGACGAAAUGUCAACGACAGCUUCAACGGCACAACUUAAUCUCAGCACUGGUGAUGAUCGUCAACGCACCAGUAAUAACAAGCCAAAGACAACUGGUCACCCGAGACAUGGCUCUAUACUUAGUAUAUGAGUUAAUUUUUCUGCUAAAGUAUUUGCCGUCUGCUUUUGAAACAGUAUACUUUUACUCUUAUUUAAAAAAAAAGAAAUUAACUGAUAAUUGCUGUGUACUUAAGAAAUUGGGACAAAGAUUGUUCUUGUUUAAUAUGUAAUAUAAUGCGAUGAAUCUGUGAAGAUAUGUAUAUAUUAUACUAUUGCUAUAAACUUAAGGUUUGAUGCGGUGCUCCGUUCACUAAUUUAGGUUUAAUUCAACAAAUAUAAGUGAAAAUUUGUUCUUUAUUUCGGAUUUAGAGAUGAAAGUUACUUUCACCACCAAUGUGCUAAUCCUGUUACACAAUAUGUACACACAGAGGUAUACUGUGCGUACUGGAAGUAUCGUGGCCGUAUAGAAAAUUUAACGGGUACCAUAUGCAGUAGACUCAGCGUAACUUCUUGUUCUCUAGAGUGAGAGGGCAACGCAUAUAGUAGGGGAGCCAGUGACAUUUUUCAGUGAUUCUUUUUUCAAGGGCUAUUUUUUGUAAAAAUGUUGACGGAGACAUGUGUAAAUCUCAUCAGUACGGAUUAUCCCUGACAGCAGUAUGGGAGGGAGGCAGAUUAUCCCCAAUUUGCAAAAAAAAAAAAGUUGACACAAUAAUCAUUUGUUCCAGGUUGCAACUUUUUGUAUUGUUUUGUAUUGAUUGGCCGGUAUUAAAAGGCUCGCAGACUACUCCAAA